AUGGGAGCACCUAUGUCAGCUACCUCUGAUCAGAUCGUACUCCCUAACUCAGUGGUUGACGAUCAGACGGGUGUUUGCACCAAUAUUUAUCAUGCGUCUCUUUGGGAUGGAUGGAUAGAAAUCCGUGACAUCGUCUGCUGUCACGUUACUGCAUUUCCUACACAAGCCGGUCUUUCAUUAUCUAAUGACCAUAUGACACACAUUUGGCCAGAUAAGAUGGAAGUAUUUGUCGGAUACUCUAUCUUAAAUGAAAAUUAUCCAGAGCCACAUGUUCUAUUUUUACCGACUCCCGGCAUACCAGAUAACCAUAGUAAAUUCAUAGAUUUAAUAAAUAUCUUAAAUUGGUUAAAUAAUGGAAAGCCG